GAAUGGGUGGCGGCGGAAUGGGUGGUGGAGGAAUGGGCGGCGGCGGAAUGGGCGGAGGCGGAACGGGUGCCGGUGGAAUGGGCGGCGGCGGAAUGGGCGACGGAGGGAUGGGCGGCGGAGGGAUGGGCGGAGGCGGAACGGGUGGUGGCGGAAUGAGCGGUGGCGGAAUGGGUGGCGGCGGAAUGGGCGGCGGCGGAAUUGGCGGCGGUGGAAUAGGUGGCGACGGAAUUGGCGGCGGCGGAAUGGGCGGCGGCGCAAUGGGCGGCGGCGGAAUGGGUGGUGGCGGAAUGGGUGGCGGCGGAAUGGGCGGCGGCGGAAUGGGCGGCGGCGGAAUGGGUGGUGGCGGAAUGGGUGGCGGCGGAAUGGGCGGUGGCGGAAUGGGCGGUGGCGGAAUGAGUGGCGGUGGAAUGGGCGGCGGUGGGAUGGGUGGCGGCGGAAUGGGCGGCGGCGGAAUGGGCGGCAGCGGAAUGGGUGGUGGCGGAAUGGGUGGCGGCGGAAUGGGCGGCGACGGAUUGGGUGGCAGAGGCAUGGACGGCUCCGGUUAAUGGACUAAAAAAUGCCGGAUUUUUUA